AUGUGCUGCCCAGAUACGCCGGACGCGUGGUCAGCGCAGCUCCGUGUAAUGUACUACGGCCCGCAGAUACGCAUCGCCAGCUUGUACGUCACACCUCACACCGGCUCGACGUGUGGAAAAGUAGCUAAGGCAAGCAGCAGCAGUGACCACCAGGACUGCUAUAUCAUCGGCAUCUGGGCUGUAAAACCUGUUUACACAAAUAUUACUGUGAAAGUAAAUCUAAAGAACGGGCUGCCGCGGCGACUCCGCACCGCCUACACCAACACGCAGCUGCUGGAGCUGGAGAAGGAGUUCCACUUCAACAAGUACCUGUGCCGGCCGCGGCGCAUCGAGAUAGCCGCCUCGCUGGACCUCACGGAGCGGCAGGUGAAGGUGUGGUUCCAGAACCGCCGCAUGAAACACAAGCGGCAGACGCUCAGCAAGGCGGGGGGCGGCGCCGGAGUGGCAGAAUCACCAGAUGAUGGGUUUGUAGCACGCAGUUCUCCAGUCCUCGAGCAGAACCAGCAUACAUCGAGUUGCAUUCCAGCGGCAGGGUCACCAGACAUGAGCUCGGGGGCGAGCAGCGUGUCCAGCUCCAUCAGCAGCGCCUUCGACAAGAUGGCCACCGAGGACGACUCGCGCUCCACCGGGUCGCCACCUGGCGGGCCGCACCAGCAGCACGCGGCGGUGAAGCAGGAGUCGGCGGCCGCCGCGGGCAAGACGCCCCCGCCGCCCACGUCCCUGCUGGUGUCCACCAAGCGGGAGACGGUCUCCGUGCUGGACUCCGCGGCGCUCACGCCCGCCUCCACGCCCAGCCCCGGGGGCGGCGGGGGCGGAGCCGGGGGAGGGGUGCCCGGGGGUGGAGCCUACGGCCGGCCGCAGACCGGGGUGCCGCCCCCCGGCGUGCUGAGGGGCGCCGUGGCCGCCGCCGCCGCUGCCCAGCCGUGCUUCAGCCCCCAGAGGCUCUACCAGGACAACAACCCCUUCCUCAGGCAAUACCCUCGACCGAACGGCAUGCAUCCGUCGCCACGGGGAUCCACGUCUGGGGGCGUGAGGGCGGUAGGCAGUGGCGGGGGCGUGGUGGUGAACCCAGCCUACCAGGCCCCCCAACCGCCCCCCCAGCCGCCCCCACAGCAGCAGGCUCCCCCGCCGAUGCAGCCGCAGCAGGGCCUGCCUCACCACCAGUACCACGCUCUGCCCGCGCACCAGUCCGGGGGCGGCUACACCAGCUACAACGGCUACCAGCCUGAGGCCGCUGCUGGCUACGGGGGCUACCGGCAGCACCAGCACCAGCACCAACACCAACAGCACCAGCAGCCACCUGCGCACCACCAGCAGCACCAGCCGCAGCAGAUGGUGGCCGCCGGCUACCAGCAGCACCACCACAACUACCCCCACCACGACCAGUACACGGCGGCCGCGUACGCCGCCGGGGUCUACGCUGACGGGGCCGGGGCCUACAACCCGGAGAGCGUUCACCACCAGCACCUGGUGCACCACCAGACUGGGCCGGAGUACUACCACGACGGCAUGCACCACCACCAUCACCACCACCACGCCCACCCGCACCAGCACCACCAGCCGCAGCAACAGCAACAGCAGCACCAGGCCGGCCCCAUCGUGGCGCAGCACCAAUCCUUUGUGCAGCAUCCCCACCACCAGCACCACCAGCUGAACCACGGGCAGCAGCAGCUCGAGUACGCCAAGCACCAGCAGCAGCACCACCACUACUACGAGCACCACCAGCACCAAGGGCACCACCUCGUGCACCAGGGGGGCGACGCUUCCACCAUCCCGUCCAAUUUCGUCUCGUCGCCCGACCCCUUCCCCUUGACCAACGCCAACUCCAACGGCACUGCCAACGGUGCCAACAACAACAAUAACAACCCCGGCACGCCCAACAAUAACAGCAACAACGGCGGCAGCAACCAGACGACGCCCAACGGCGCGCCCCCGACGCCGGCGUCGGCGUCUUCCGCGACGAUCAUGACGCCGCCCACCAGCGUCCACCCCUCGGAGGGCUCCGGAGAGAGCGGCGGCUUCGGCACUGGGGGCGGCGGGGGCGGCUUCCACCAUUUCUACAGCGAACCACCUCCGGAGAGCAGCAACAGCUCGGCCGAUUUCAACUUCCUGAGCAACCUCGCCAAUGACUUUGCGCCCGAAUACUACCAACUGAGCUGAAGCCUACGCUCUGUGGACUGAAGACACCGUG